AUGUUGAUGUUGGUGGGAUGUACCAUUCUGGCCGAUAAGAGUUAUACACGUGUGGAUGCCAAAUGGCUACUUCUGUUUAGUGAUUUGUCUGCAGUCCAUACAUUUUCGUGGGCCAGUAUUGCAUUGGUUUGUUUAUACGAUAACUUGAACGAUGCAUCCAUGUUUUCUACGAGGGCCCUUGCAGGGUAUGCGACACUUCUUCAGUGUUGGAUUCACGAGUAUUUUCCUACCCUUGGUAGAAGGGCUGCGUCGGGACUUAAUUGUGAUGAUCCUGGCUUUCCUCGAGCUAUGCGGUGGAUGUAUAAGCAAGGGAAGACCAAGCUCCCCGAGUAUCAGCCUAUAUUGGAUGCACUGACCCCUGAUGACGUGAUAUGGCGUCCGUUUGAGACUCACAGAGGUAGCAUUCCUUUUGAUCUGAUUACUCUGUAUAGUGGUCAUCUGCGUGGAUCCACGGUAGUUCCUUACUUGCCCGAGAGGUGUAUUAGGCAGUUUGGAUUUGUACAGUAUAUACCACCACCACCACCUCUAGCUCCUGCCUAUUCUGAUAUUGAUAGCGACUGGAUUGGUUAUCACGCGUCCGUUGAUCGGAUACUUCAGCCGACACGUCCAGUGACAUAUGUUUUUGAGACUGUACCUGAUUACAUGUCCUGGUACUAUCGGGUAUCACAUCCUAGACUGUGUCGCCCUGUUGAUGGACCACAUGGAGCACCACCAGUUCCGCACUAUGCACCUGCACCAGUAGACGAUGCACCAGCAGAUGAUGCACCACAAGAAACUGCACUACAGCGUGAGCGGAGAUGGAGAGGUAUGGCUCGAGGCAUGCUUGAGACAUUUCUGACGAGGAUAGACGCUGAUAGGGAUGAUGAGGGAUUUGAGGAGCUUUUUUUUGCACUAGAUGUAUGUCGUGGUGCAUACCCAUGA